CUUCUUUCUUCAUCACCUCUCACUCCGAGGAAUCAACCCACUUCGCAGAGCAGAUUCUAUCUCAGAUUCUUGCUGUGCUGAGGACUCCGCCAUGUAUAUCCUCGAGCAAUUGGCGCGUCUGCUCGACCGCCCAUUCAUCCCAUGGAAAAAUGUUCUCGUCGGGUUCUCUCUGGGACAGUUCAUUCUAGAGGGACUCCUGUCUUUCCGUCAGUACAAGGUUUUGCAGCGGACGAAGCCACCCCAGGUUUUGGAGGGCGAGGUGUCGCAGAAGGUUUAUGAUCAGAGUCAGGCUUAUGGUCGCGCCAAAGCCAAGUUCGGUUUCUUUGCAGGUCUUUACGGUCAAGUCCAGAAUCUCGCGUUCAUCUACGGCGAUGUUCUCCCCAAGCUUUGGGGGGUCAGCGGUCUCUUGUUGGCACGGCAUCUUCCAGCUCGGUUCCAGGGUGAAAUCGCGCAGACGCUUUUGUUUCUUUUCGGUUUCAACUUGAUCAGUACGGUUCUGUCUCUCCCGGUCUCCUACUACAACACGUUCGUUCUUGAAGAGAAGUUCGGCUUCAACAAGCAGACUGUCAAGCUCUGGGUCACGGACAUGCUCAAGGGCCAGAUGCUUGGUAUCGUGCUGGGAACUCCGAUCAUCAGUGCGGUUCUCAAAAUCAUCCAGAAGACUGGCAACUCGUUCUUCUACUAUCUCUGGCUUUUUGGUAUCUUCAUUCAGAUCUUCGCUAUCACUAUCUACCCCAUCGUGAUUCUGCCCUUGUUCAACAAACUGUCGCCUUUGGAGCCGGGUGCAAUCAAGACCGGCGUUGAGAACCUCGCCAAGAAGCUCGAGUUCCCCCUCAAGGAGCUGCAUGUCAUUGACGGCAGCAAGCGGAGUGCCCACAGCAACGCCUAUUUCUACGGACUUCCCUGGAAGAAGCAUAUCGUGAUUUACGAUACUCUGAUUGAGAAGAGCGAGCCUGAGGAGGUGGUCGCAGUUCUCAGUCAUGAACUUGGUCACUGGAGCCUGAGCCACACUACCAAGCUGUUCGGUAUUGCCCAGUUCCACAUGUUUUAUAUCUUUGCGCUCUUCUCUGCUUUCGUGAACAACAAGUCCCUGUACCAGUCGUUUGGUUUCCACAGCCAGCAGCCCAUCAUGAUCGGAUUCCUCUUGUUCUCUGACGCCCUUGCUCCCAUGGAUGCUGUCGUCAAGCUGCUUAUGAAUAUCCUCAGCCGCAAGUUUGAAUUCGAGGCUGACGCUUUCGCUGUUGGACUCGGAUACUCCGCGGAGCUGGCGCAGUCUCUUCUCAAGCUCCAAAUCCAGAACCUUAGCACCAUGGAUGCUGACUGGAUGUACGCAAGCUACCACUACUCUCACCCGAUUCUUUCGGAACGUCUCAAGGCACUUGGCUGGAAGGGCGGAAAGGUCACCGAUCUCAAGGAGGAGGACAGCGAGAAGCCGGUCAAGGCCGCGGAUCGCGAGCUGUGAGACCUUUCUUUUUUUUUCCCCUCAUCUUGAAACUUUUUGGCGAAGCUCAACCUCUUGUUCUCCAUCCAUGGAUCUCGGCGGCCGUCGAGUAAUUUGGUUGAUAUGAAAUAUGACAUUUCGAUGGAAUGGUAUAAGGAAUUCGGUGGAUAUUCAACAAAUGGG